GGCAUGCCGAGGGGCGGGCGGAGGGCCGGGCUCUCCCGUUGCCAGGUGAGGGGCAUCGUCUCCGCCUCCCGUCUGUAAGCGCGCAGGAGCGCGGAACGCAGGCAGGGGUGCGGUGCGAUUCGGUUCGGCUCGCCUCGCCUCGGUUCGGCUCGCACGGCACGGCACAGCGUGGAGCUCCUCAGGCCGUUACCCCGUCUGCCGCGGCCGCCCCCCGCUAUGGCGAAAACGGUCAAGAAGGGAUGCAGCUGCCCGGGCUUCCUGAGGAAGAACUGGCUCCUGCUGAGCACGGUGGCCGCCGUGCUGAUGGGUAUUGGAGUUGGCAUGCUGGUACGGGAAUAUGGCAAACUGUCUAACCUGGACAAAUUCUACUUUUCCUUUCCUGGGGAAGUGCUGAUGAGAAUGCUCAAACUCAUCAUUCUGCCGUUAAUUAUAUCAAGUAUGAUCACAGGUGUUGCUGCUUUGGAUUCCAACGUUUCUGGGAAGAUUGGUUUGCGAGCAGUCGUGUAUUAUUUCUGCACCACAGUCAUUGCUGUAAUUCUAGGGAUUGUCUUAGUUGUGACCAUUAAACCAGGAGUGCCUCAAACAGCAAAUGAGAUCGACAGAGUGGGCAGCACCCCAGAAGUCAGUACUGUUGAUGCCAUGCUGGAUCUGAUCAGGAAUAUGUUCCCAGAAAACCUCGUCCAGGCCUGUUUCCAACAGUAUAAAACCAAACGUGAAAAAGUUAAAGCUACAGCUGGUGUGGAUAAAAAUAGCUCCGCAUUUACAGAAGAACCUGUUACAACAGCUACAACAGCAGCAGCUUCAGAGAACAAAACCCAAGAAUACAAAAUUGUGGGCAUGUAUUCUGACGGCAUCAAUGUGCUGGGAUUGAUCGUCUUUUGUCUUGUUUUUGGUCUGGUCAUUGGGAAAAUGGGAGAGAAAGGACAAGUGCUUGUGGAUUUUUUCAAUGCACUGAAUGAAGCUACUAUGAAAAUAGUUCAGAUAAUUAUGUGGUAUAUGCCAGUUGGUAUUGUGUUUUUAAUUGCUGGGAAGAUAAUAGAAGUUGAGGACUGGGAAAUCUUUCGUAAACUGGGUCUUUACAUGGCUACAGUACUAAGCGGACUUGCAAUACAUUCCACUAUAAUUCUACCACUGAUCUACUUAAUAAUAGUAAGGAAAAAUCCUUUUCGGUUUGCCAUGGGGAUGGCUCAGGCACUUCUGACGGCCCUCAUGAUUUCUUCCAGCUCAGCAACUUUGCCUGUCACCUUCCGCUGCGCGGAGGAGAAAAAUGGCAUCGACAAAAGAAUUACCAGGUUUGUUCUUCCAGUUGGAGCUACCAUCAACAUGGACGGCACAGCUCUCUACGAAGCAGUGGCAGCUGUAUUUAUUGCACAGCUGAAUGACUUAGAGCUGGAUCUUGGCCAGAUAGUUACCAUUAGUGUCACAGCCACAGCAGCCAGCAUCGGGGCUGCAGGUGUCCCCCAAGCUGGACUUGUCACCAUGGUGAUUGUACUGAGCGCUGUCGGCCUCCCCGCCGAGGAUGUUACUCUGAUCAUUGCAGUUGACUGGCUUCUGGAUCGAUUCAGAACCAUGGUGAAUGUCUUGGGAGAUGCCUUUGGUACAGGGAUAGUGGAGAAGCUCUCCAAGAAGGAGCUGGAACAGAUGGAUGUCACAUCUGAAGUAAACAUAGUCAAUCCUUUUGCCUUGGAAACAAUACUUGAUAGUGAUGAAACAGAGGCCAAGAAAUCAUACGUUAAUGGAGGCUUUGCUGUAGAUAAGUCUGACACCAUAUCCUUCACACAGACAUCUCAGUUCUAAAUACAGUAUCUUCCAGGUAAAACAGGAGCCCUACAGGACAUGUCCACAUGCAAUAUCUCAAAAAGCAUAAAGGAUAGUUGAGAGUUAAUUACAUCUCACAUGCAUUUGAUUUACU